GUAAAAGCAAAUCAACAAAAUCUCCAACGCCAGCUUUAGCUCUAUCAUCGUCGACACGAGCGCUUGAACUCGCUGGCAUUUGCUUCAUCCCUUUCAAACUCUCUCAGAACGACAAUUCCUGCUGCUCCUUCACGAACUGUUCUAGGGUUUCCUUUUCUCAAUCUUCUUUCACCUCAUGAAACUCCGAGGACUGAGCUUUUCUUCCAUUGGAUUAUGAUGGGGGUUCGAGCCGUUAACAGCUGCUCCAUCUUUCGCUCCGCUUCGUCUCCUCCUAUCUCCGCUGUCCGGUGCCCAUUUUUCACUUUCAGGAGCUCUUCGUUAAGCCGCCACCCCAAAUUAGGGUUCCUGUUUCCUGUACUCCGGCCCGAGAAAAAGUUUUUCGGCCAUGGCAGUGUUUGGAGUUGUUCGGUUCACAGUCUCGUAGACAUCGUCAUGGAAGAGCUAGAGUUCAUGCGCAAAAGGAAGAGAGUUUGCGCUGCCUCAAAGGUUGGCUUAACGAGCAGUGGAAAGCUUCUUGAAGAUAAGCUUGUGAACAGAGCGAUGGAGAAAGGGUUGCUGCUGGAGUUCAAGAAGGAUUCUGACAGGGUCUUGCUGGCAGUUGCACAGAGACCUGACGGCAAAAAGAAUUGGAUGGUGUACGAUCAGAAUGGUGCCACAUCCUCCAUUAAACCACAACAAAUUACGUAUAUUGUUCCAGGCAUUGAGAAUUUUGAUCACGCGGGGCUUUCAAAUUUUAUUCGUAAAGCACAGGAUAACUUGGAUCCGGCACUUCUAGAGUUUGCUUGGGUUGAGCUUCUAGAAAAAAAUAAAUCAGUGACAACUGAAGAAUUAGCAGAGAUGAUUUUUGGUAGCGCUGAGCCUCUUGAAAGCUAUUGUGCGCACCUUUUGCUGUCAAAAGAUGAAUUAUACUUCAGUGUACUUGAGACUAAAGGUUCACGUUCUCUUUAUGGGCCUCGACCUACCGUGCAGGUAGAAGAACUUUUACAAAGGAAACUUGCAAGGGAGGCUGCUGAGAAAGAACUUCAGGAGAUUGUACAAUUGCUGAAAGCUGCUAAGGCAAUGCCUUUAGAGGCUAAACCUCCCAAAUCUUCUUGGAUUGUUGAAGAUAAAAUUAGACACAUAAUUGAAUCUCUCGAAUCUUACGCCAUUGAUGCCUGCAAAAAUGAUGAGCAGAAGAAAACAGCUGGGAUGAUACUUAAGGCAAUGGGAUUGACAAAAACAGCAUCAUCGGCUGUAAAUCUCCUAAUAGAUAUUGGUUAUUUCCCUGUACAUGUCAAUCUUGAACUCUUAAAGUUCAACAUUCGUACUGAUCAUUCAGAUGAGAUAAUAUCAGCAGCAGAAAGCCUUCUGGUGGAGUCAUCUGAUCCAGAUGAAAUUGAUAGAAAAGAUCUCACUCACUUGAAGGUUUAUGCCAUCGAUGUUGAUGAGGCUGAUGAGCUUGAUGAUGCCCUGAGUGCAGCAAGGUUGCAAGAUGGCCGGCUUAAAGUUUGGAUACAUGUUGCAGAUUCAUCUAGAUUUGUGCAACCUGGGAGCUUAGUAGACCGGGAAGCAAUGAGAAGAGGAACUUCUAUAUUCUUGCCAACUGCCACAUAUCCCAUGUUUCCAGAAAAACUUGCUAUGGAGGGAAUGAGCUUGAAACAGGGAGAAAUCUGCAAUGCGGUCUCCGUAUCUGUUGUGCUGCGUUCUGAUGGCAGCAUUGCAGAAUACUCGGUGGACAACUCAUUUAUCAAACCCACCUAUAUGCUGACAUACGAGAGUGCAUCUGAACUGCUUCAUAUGAACUUGGAAGAGGAGGUAGAACUGAAAAUUCUGUCUGAGGCAGCAGCUCUGAGGUUACAGUGGCGGCUAGAACAGGGUGCAGUUGACACAGGCUCAUUAGAAGCACGCAUCAAGGUGGCUAACCCUGAGGAUCCAGAGCCUAUUAUUAAUCUUUAUGUUGAAAACCAAGCUGACCCUGCAAUGCGAAUGGUCUCUGAGAUGAUGAUACUCUGUGGGGAAGUUAUAGCCACUUAUGGUUCUUGCAAUAACAUUCCUUUACCCUACAGAGGACAGCCCCAAUCAAACAUCGAUAUAUCUGCAUUUGCACAUCUUCCAGAAGGACCCAUUAGGAGCUCUGCCAUUGUUAAAGUAAUGCGUGCUGCUGAAAUUGAUUUCAGGAAGCCUAUACGCCAUGGGAUUUUGGGACUUCCUGGUUAUGUUCAGUUUACAUCUCCUAUUCGCAGAUAUAUGGAUCUUCUUGCUCAUUAUCAGGUUAAAGCGUAUCUUAGAGGUGAUUCUCUUCCUUUCUCUGCUGGUCAGCUUGAAGGGAUGGCAUCAAUUAUAAACAUGCAUACUAGAUUAGCCAAGAGGCUGUUUGGCAGCAGUCUUCGUUAUUGGAUAUUAGAAUACCUGAGGAGGCAAGCAAAAGAAAGAAGAUAUCGUGCAUUGAUCCUUAGAUUCAUUAAAGAUCGGAUUGCAGCACUAUUGUUAGUUGAGGUGGGAUUUCAAGCUUCUGCAUCGGUGUCUGUGGGAUUACAUAUUGGAGAUGAAAUAGAAGUUUGGGUGGAAGAAUCUCAUCCUCGUGAUGAUUAUCUUGCACUUAAGGAGGUUAUAUGAGGGAUACAAAGAGAUUUUUUUGACGGGAACUUAUCAGGAAAAGCAUUUUUCGCUCAUGCUGGUGCUCCUAAGCUCAGACAGUGAAGCAGCCAAACAUCACUUUUCAAAAAGAAUGUUCCUAAAGGGUACCUUCUGUAGAAGCGAUUGCAACACUACUUGAAAGUGCCAUUUUGAGGUCGAACCAUGCCCCCCAUAGUUCUCACUUGUUUCAAUCAAGGCGUUGCUACUCGUUUCACUUGGCUGAUGAUGGCAUUAUUCCAUAGAUGGCUCACAUGGGUUGGUCAUGCAAUUUUUGGGGUCAGCAUAUACGUAUGUUGAUUUUGUUCUCGAGUAAUGUAUAACGUUGUAGAUUCUGUAAGCGUUGCUGAUCUAAUGAAUGUAACUUGUGUUAUAAUUGUCACAUUCUUCUCAUUUAUCUCAAAAUGAGAUAGCAAAGAUAUAUUCAAUA